GUCGUAUUUCAGGAUUGUAACGGUACGGAAGUGGAAUUGUUUUUGUUCGGUAAAAAACCGUUAUAAAAUCUAUAACGAAUACGUGUUUUCAUAAAUUUGAAAACACAAAAUUGAUGAGAAUGGGAAAAUUAUGUUUGCUGUUAAUAAUUGGCUUACUAGCCGGCUUUACUCAAACAGUUUUUUCAAAUGCUGGUCCAUUUUCAUGUUGGCAUUGUGAGUCAUUAACGCAAUCAAAUUGUGGUGAAAACUUCGACGUUAAUGGCAUUGAACCCCUUAAUUGUGAAAAAACAAAAUUUCCAGCACAUUUGUUGCAUAUUAUUGGCACAUUAAAUCAAAAUGUGACUGGUUGCAUGAAAACGACUACUGAAAUCAAUGGAGAAAUCAUUGUAAGACGUUCGUGCUUUUUCGGUGAUGUGAAAAAUAUUAAUCCUGGAUGUACACCAGACCCAAGUAGCUUAAUACGACAUAUCGAUAAUUGUGAAGUUUGUGAGAAACAUUUAUGCAAUACCAGUUCCUCUUUAUUAAGAUUAUAUUCACACAGUUUAUUAGAAUUUUUAUCGAUUACAAUUAUCUUAAAUAUUAUAAUACACAAAUUGUAGCCAGAUUUACAAUAAAAAGAAAUAAUCAAGAAAAAACGAAGAAAAACAUGACAAAAAUGAAAAUGAAACAAAAAAUAUAUUUUUAGUUCUCAUACACAAUAAUGUUAUGCAUAUCGUAUUCGUAUAAUUGUAUCGUAUAAAGUGUAUACCGAUUACUGGUUUUGGUCAAAAAUUAAAUAGCCUGCUAUGCAGUAAAAGUAUGCAGUAUUAUUAUUCUUUCUUAAUAUUGUUAUAAACAUGUUAUUAGAAUUUUCUUUAAAAUAAAUAAAUUCAGCAAGGAAAUAUAAUCGUAAGUGUUCGUGAUUGAAAAUGGGUUCCUAAAAAUGAGAACAGAGUGAAUUUUUUUUUACUUUUUGAAGCACUUUCCCAAAAAAUUUUUGAAAGGCUUAUAAGUUUCACUCUUUCCGUCCGUCGCUAUGUCCGUCUGUGAACACGUUUACAAAACUUGUACACCCUUAAAGAGAGAAAGCUGAAAUUUUAUAUGUACAUAGAUCUUUUCAGUAGAAGAAAAUUUUUACCUAUCUCUCCCUCUCCCCUUUUAAAAGCUAUACUCCCCUAAAAACCUAAAAUGGCAUUUUUUAACCAAUUAUUGCAGCGAAACCGUGAGCAUUUUUCAAAUCUUGCUUCAAAUUUUUGAUAUCGUUUUUCUUCUAAACUGCAAGUUGUACAAGUCUGAAAUUUUAGCAACUUUUAGACAUUAAUAAAUAGUUCAUUUCGUUCAAUUUUUCCAACCAACACCCCCUCUCAAGUUAUCGCCUCUCGAAAUUUGUAAAAUUUGAAUUUUUGGCACCUUAUAUUUCCGAAACUGCAAGUUUUUUCAAAUUUCUAUAAAUGUAUUUUAUAGAAAAAAUAUAAUUAAUUUUUCUUAUAAUUAGAAAAUAUAUUUUACUUAACUCAUGCAAUUAACCUUUAAAAUCGAGCAUUAUCUUAACAACUCUUUAAAUUUAUUUUUGCUUUAUUUCAAAGCCUGCAUGAAUCGUUCAACCUGAAUGUAUGCAAUCCUGGAAAUAGUUUCGUGUAUGAAUGAAAGAAAUUUUAAUAGUGUAGUAGGUAUACCCAGAUUGUUUUUAAAAGCAGGAUUUUCACUUGUUAAAGGAAAAAGUGCUACAUUACAAAACAUUCGUUUGACCCUAUCUUACUUUAUUAUUGCUUUUGGUCACGAACCUAAGUAUCCAAAAAGUUUGGCAUAACUUAUUAUUCAGAAACAAAAAAAAAAUAUACCCCCAUGCGUAAAAGAUCCUACCACAUUAUUUUGAUUAUAAACAUUCAAGUCGUUUACGGCCGAAAAUACAAAUUCACAAUUUUUUAAACAUUUCGAAUAAGUAAAUACAAGGUCACAAUUUUUUAACAUUUCAAGUAAGUAAAUACAAGGUCACAAUUUUUUAAGUAAUGGCUGCAAAACGGCAAAGUUAUGAAUAGUUUUAGUUUUUUGAUUCAAAAUUUAUUAUUGAGCAGCUUUCAACGGUAUACUGUUAUGAAGGCCUAUCAAUUGAAACCCACUCAUACGAUUUUUUAUGAUAUAUAUAGUAGCUUGAUUUUAAUAUGAAUGUAUCCUUGCGGAGCUUCAUACUAAACAAACUACUCAUGAAGAAUAAACAUGUGCUGAAGCAAAAUGAUAAGGCGUGUUGGGUUGCCAGAUUUUUAUAUUUUGUAAUGAAAAAUUCAAGAUCAAAUCAAGUACAAUGACUAUUGCAAUGUCGGUAUAUGGAUAUAAAUUUUUUUAUUUUGCCCUGUUCUUUUGAUAAGUUAACGGCACUUUGAUUUCAUUUUAAAUUUUCCUUCCUACACUAAAUUCAUUAUUUAUGAUUGAUUAUAUAUUAUACACUAAUGUCUUAAUUUUGUUGCAAUAUUUUCGAAUAUAUUUAUAUUCAGUGCGAUUCGCACUAGAGGCCUAUUUACUUAUUCGAAAUGUUUAAAAAAUUGUGAAUUGGUAGCCUCGGCCGUAAACGACUUGAAUGCUAAUUUCUUUUAACAUAUUUAUAAUAUUGAAGGACAUAAUUCAACAUUCGGUUUCUGUGUUUACAAAACAGGAAUACGGCAGUAAUAGUUUUUUUCAUUUUUUGCAUAGAUUAAAUACCUUUCACAACAGAUAUAAAUUAAUUACAAUAAGUAAUUUUCUAUGUGAUCAAACACAUUAUAUACACACAACUUUUUGUUUUUGUUUUAAAUCUCAAAACAAACAAUCAUACAUACAUACAUGCAAAAAUUUUACCAAUUUUUGCAUGUAUGUAUGCAUGUAUGUACUUAUGUAAAUUCCUCGUUUGCUUUCUGCUUCCCUUUUUUUUUCCUUCACUCCUAGGAUUAGUAUAGGGCUAGUGCAUGAUAUCUAUCAUGCCCUAGUUUCUAUAGUCAUAGAGAGUUAGCUAGGUAGGUGACUAGCCUGCCGUAGUUCUUAUUUAUAUUAAAUAUUUCAUAUAAUUAAUAUUUACUGUUUAUUUUUCUUAGUCUGUACUAUCGAAUAUUACGAAUAUUUGAAAAUUACUUGUAUAAUAUUUAUGAGUAUUGCAUAUUAAGUUAUAUAAUAUUGAAUAUAAUUUUUAUAAUGACCUGGCCGAGGUUUGAACCCGAAACCUUUCGGCUAAAGGGCCGGUGCCAUAACCUCUGCACCAAUGGUCAGGUUUUCUGCUGCCUUAGUAUAAAAUAAAUAAAACGAAAAUUUAGAAAAUUAUAACUCUUAAAAAUUUUCAACCCUUCGCUACUAAUUUUUGAUUAUUAUCUACUUGAUGUAAC